AUGAGCUCAACAUCAUCCCGAUUCAGCUUCAACCAUCUGAUCUCCUCGCCUCCCCCUUCUCCCGGUCUGCCAGCUUUGGUUCCAAGGCAUGGAAAGCUCGCCCCGACUCGGAGUAAGAGGACGUGCUUAAGGGGACUAGUAUGGCUGCUGGGGGUGUUCGUGAUUUUAUACUAUGGCUUCUCGAGGCUACAAUUAGAUCGUUCAAAGAAACAGGUGGGAUGGGCAACACACGCUGGAGAUGAAUAUGAGAUGGUUGGGGAUUCAGAACUGCCUAAUUUCCCCACGCCGGUGGUUGUGACGGACAAACGGGGAAGGACGAAGUGGACUGUGUCCAUUCCUCCGGAUGCUACAUUCCCUUUGGAGCCACAUCAGUACGCAGAGAUUUGCACACAGAAUAUGGAGGUUGCGAAUCAUGUAGCGGACUUGCACGCUCAUGUUCAUCGACCGCAUUCUCAUUAUGGGUACUAUCACGUGGAUCCAAAUUUUAUGGAUGUAGCAGUGGCGGAGGAGCAUGGCUUGUUACCUGGACCGAAGGGGAAGACGAGCAUGAAGGCUCAAGAUGGAUCUGUGGUUGGGGAGCAUGCGGAUAGCUUGAUUGUUCAGGAAGUUUGCGAGACGAGUAUGACCUUUGUGUUGGAGACCUCAAAUGCGGGGUUAGGAAAGACUUUGAUGAUGUUGUGGACUGCUUAUGGGUUGGCUCAGAAGGAGGGAAGAGCCUUCUUUGUCGAUGACUCCAGAUGGGCAUACGGCAAAUACACCAAUUUUUUCAUGCCUCCGCCAUCGCAAAUGUGCAGACCCCCACCAAGGCACGAGAUGCUCCCUUGUCCACACCAUGCUCGCCAUCUCGUUGUCUCUGCAGCCACUGCCGUUCACACUUUUGGUGGAGCCUUCAACGAAGAAUUUGAAGACGCCAGGAAGAUGGAAGUCUACCGUCAAAAGAACAUGUUCGACUUCGCUCGAGCUGGCUAUCAAGCUCUCUUUCACCUCUCGGACGCUGACCAGAACUAUGUGGAGAAUCGAGUCUCUGAGCUCACAUCGAGGACCCUUCUCGACCCUCCGGAACCUGAAAACGGCCUCAUCAUCGGGAUUCACGUCCGGCAUGGCGACCGUCAUCCUUACGAGUUCCAAUACCGAGAUAGCUAUGUCCCCUUGGAACGCUAUGGCGAGAAAGCUCGUGACAUUCUCCACCAAACUUUCAACGGCACAGGUCCCGAUGGCGGCGAGAACAUGGCAGCUGAAAUGCGCAGCGUAUUCAUCGUUGCAUCAGAUGACCCAGAUGUCUACGAAUCCGACGAAUUCUCCCAUGCUUCACGAGCACAGGAGCAGAUCCGCCUCGCUUCAAAGACCGCUCUCGGCGGCAGCCAACCAACGGCUGGUUCCGCGAUCCGAAAAUUUGUUGAUGAGACGGUAGGCUGGGAAGGAGGAUUCUUUUCUGGUAUGUUCUGGAGCUUGGGGAAGCCGUCGAGUAUACCAGUGAACGCGGUCGCGACGCCGGAUACAAAAUUGCCUGCUACGGAAGAGGCGAUCAGGUUGAGGGAGCUGGUGGGGAGAGCGUAUCUGAUGGAUCUAGCGGUUCUCGGGAAGGCGAGCGAUCAGAUCGUUUGCACUGUCAGCUCUACGGGAUGUAAAUUGCUGGCUGUCAUGAUGGGAUGGGAGAAUGCGAUUGUGAAGGGGAGGUGGGUGAACAUUGAUGGGGACUUCGAGUGGAAAGGUGUGGCUUGGUGA